UUUGCCAGGACUAAUGAAUUCAAGCACUUGGACUCUCUACAACUCGCUGUUUAUCAAUGCCUCUGACAGGAGGAAGAUUUUUCUUUUGCCCUCGCUUUUUCUAGAAACAUGACAACAUCCUGGCUGUUGGAGUGGCAUGGAAAGGAGAGAGGGGCUGUGUAAGGAAGCGGAACAGGGAGGUCCCGUGGGCUGGGACACUGGGGUCUGGGGCAGAGCAGGUAGUAGUGCGCAGCCGGGACAGCUGUCCCUGCCCCUCAGAGCGUCUGCGGCUGCUAUGCAGCAGGUGCAGACUGGUCUCUCUCUGAGUCUUGACUCCACACACGCAACGACUGGCCAAGGCAGUGGCUGGCCCUGGAUUACACAAGUGCAGACUCUCAACUAAGUGAGCUGGAAGCCCCAGGAGAAGGCCGGGCCUCGGGUGCCCACAUGAUCAGCGCAGCCAGGGUACCUGCAGAUAGACCAGUACGCAUCGCCUUUAGUCUCAAUGAUGCCCCAGAUGAUGCAUCGUCUGAAGAUGCCAUUCCUUUGGUCUUCCCAGAGCUAGAGCAGCAGCUCCAGCCUCUGCCGCCGUGUCACGACUCCGCAGAAUCCAUGCAGGUGUUUAAACAGCACUGCCAAAUAGCAGAGGAGUACCAUGAGGUCAAGAAGGAGAUCGCCUUGCUGGAGGAAAGGAAAAAGGAGCUCAUUGCCAAGCUGGACCAGGCAGAAAAGGAGAAGCAGGACGCUGCUCAGCUGGUUCGGGAGUUCGAGGCGCUGACGGAGGAGAACCGGACGCUGAAGAUGGCCCAGUCUCAGUGUGUGGAACAACUGGAAAAGCUCAGAAUCCAGUAUCAGAAGAGGCAAGGGUCCUCCUAGCGCCAGCUGAUGGAAUGUGGGCAUACGAGGUUGCUGGCUGCUGUGCUAUGUGCUGGCCAACGAGAUUUGUAUCUGAAAAGGGACAGAGAGCAAAAUCUACUGCUUCUCUUUAUCACCCACAUGGCAAAUGUCUAGAAUGAGUUUAGUGCUGCCUAGCUUCCAGCUUGAGAGAGGGAUAUUUUAUUUUAAGCGAGGUCGUUAAUGCAAAGCUAUCACCACCAGUGUAUAUUUUCAGAGAUCAGAGUUCUUUUCCAAAGAUUUAUAGAUAUAUAUAUAUUUCUUAUUUAGAAAGAUAGGAUCAUACUGUACAUUAGAGUAGAAAAUAAUAAAAAACAGAAUAUUGACUGGUCCCACUGAAAACCAUGAGUCAUAAAACAAGCCGGUAGGAUGUUCACUGUAGUUUCAUAUCCGUGCAUUUAAAAAUUUUAUGACUUUUCAUAUUUCAAGUCUGCUCAACGACAAACCAUAGGAACAACUGAAAUUGGUUGAGUCGGACGUAAUUCUCCAGUGAUUGACUGCCCUAAGAAUAAAUGGUUGCGUAGCCUAAGUGCUUUCUCAUGAAAAUGUUAGCAGACAUUGCGCCCACACCCAAAGCUCACUGGCCAGUGCUGACUAGCUGUGUUAUAAAGAAUCAGGGCUGCUGCACUUUCUUUGCUCUGUGUGAGCACACACUGGGUACAUUCACCAUGGCUGUGUGUGUCUUGGGGAUCUGGGCCUGGGGAAAGUGGAAAGAAACUGUUCAGACACUACUUGGUUGAAUGUCUGUGGAAGAUCAGUGGAGUGACACAGCUCUUGCCGUGUGUGGGGUUUCUGGAAAUGUGUUGGAUCAGUAGUAACUGACAGGAAUGUGCUUGCGAAUUCAGGGGUAAAGUGAUUUCCCUUCGUACCAGCCGCCACACUUUCCCACCCAUUGUCCUGUGUCCGUUUCUAUUUACAUGACUUCUUUUUCAUUAAACAUGGAUCAAAAGUGCA